ACCGGUUGUUGGCCUCGAUGCUACUAAACCUCGUAGACUGUGCAGCUGCUGCCCAUGCAUCUUCCCUCGGGGCUUCUCGCACGUCUUGGUCGUUUCGCCCGUCGAGGACCCCUACCUAGUUAGUAUACCCAGUCACCCACCCGACCCGAUCUCGACUCAAACCUGGUAGGUACCUGGCCGUGCGGAAUGGGAAUGGGUGUGCAUCUGAAGUUUUUUCUCUCCCCUUCUGCACCGCUCAGAGCACAGCGCCAUCCCACACCACAGCCUUCGUUUGCAUAAGGCACCAAGGGCACCAACAAGGAAGGUAGCCAGGCCCCCCCCCCAAAUUUGAGCCACCCCCCAGGCGCCCGCCCGCCAUCCCACCUGCGCAGCGGCGUCUGGUGCGUGCACAGCCAGAGGCCCUCGAGGCAAGGCCUGACCUUGCACACCAGACCUUGCAGACCAGACCAUUGAAGCGCCCGCGUUCACCCCUCAAAGCUCCUGGCUCCUGGGUCGUCGGAUCAUGGACGGACAGCACCGAGACCUGGACACGACCAUCCACGGCAGCAAUUCGCAGCGGCGCAAACUCGUCAAGAAGCCGCCCCCGUCGGCGCGCCAGAACCACAGCUCGACGCUGAGCACCGAUGGUCGCCUUGACGCCCAAUCGCUCGUGAGCAAACGCAGCUCGAGCAGCCUCCGCCGCGCGCCAACCGCUCCACUAUCCAGGGCUGCCACCACCGCGUCGUCCAAAACCUCGUCGCCCCGGCACCCGCAGUCGGCCACCUUUGCGCCCUCGACCCGUCCCAAUCACUCGCCCGUCCUGCCCGCCGGCGACUUUGCCCUGGCCCACUCGCCUGCCGCCGCCGUUGCCGCCGCCGCCGCCUGGGCCGAUCGCGACUCAGACCCCCACCAGCAGGCACAGCGCCUCCACAGCAGCCAGAGCACCUCCAGCCACCGCCGCAGCCAGAGCCACAACGUCUACCCGUCGUCCCAUCAGCUGCAGCAGCACCUCCAGCAGCACCACCACCAGCAGCCGCCCGCUCACCACAACCAACACAACCACCCCCAUCAGCUGCACCAGCAGCAGCAGCACAAUCCACUCAGCUCCCAGUCCUCAGAAGACUUCGUCGGCGCCCCCUUCGACGGCACCGCAAUCCUCAACCGCCUCGACGGCUCCCACCCGACCGCCCCGAGUUCCGGCCUGCCGCAUAUCAGUCGGCCCUUCCCCUCUCCUCUCCCCACUGCCAACACCACAACCGCUGCCGCCGGCUCUGCUGCUGCUUCCUCUUCGCAUCCCGCAACCAGGGGUACCCCUGUGCUGCGCCAUUCCGCGAGCUUCUCCAACGACCUGCCGGCCAUGAGUGAGAAGUCGGGCUCCAGCAAGGGCGCCGACGGUCCGUCGUCCCUCAACAAGCGCUUCUCGGACGAGACAAAGGAGCCUCGAAUGCCUGGCGUCCUGAGGAAGAAGUCGGGCUUCUCCGGCUUCAUGACCAGCCUGGUCGGCACCCCGAAAAAACCACUGAUCUCGGCUCCAGAAAAUCCCGUACAUGUCACCCACGUGGGUUAUGACAGCACGACGGGACAGUUCACGGGUCUACCCAAGGAGUGGCAACGAUUGAUCAACGAGAGUGGCAUUACCGAGAAGGAGCGAAGAGAGAACCCCGAAACCCUCGUCAACGUCAUCACCUUCUACAAGGAGACGACCGAGAAGCCCCAGGUAGACCAAGUGCUAGAAAAGUUCCACGAUGCCAGACCAGGGAUGCCCACGCAGGCGUCGUCGACCUCGGCCAUGUCGCCCGGCAUGUUGCCUGCUAGCUACAUGUCCAUGGCACCCCUGAUCAGUCCACCCGCGAGUCCACGAUACGCCGCCGUCAACCAUGAGGGGAGCUUCGAGAACCCGCGAUCACCGCCACCAGUGCCAAAGGGACCGGGCCCACUACCGGCCAAGGACAUCAACCUGAUGCCCAGCAGACCGGCCCCGAGACCGCCCGUCAGCUUGCCUACCCGAACGGCCCCUCAAGCCCCAUACCCUGGGAAGGACUCUGGAAUUGACGCCAAUCCUAUGCUUCCAGAAGAACACCGGUCACGAUCCAACUCGCGAGUGAACGGCAAUGGCUCCUACUCAUCCUCCCAACAGCACCAGCAGCAGCAUCAGCAGCAGCAGCAUCAACAGCAUCAUCAGCACCAGCAGCACCAGCAGUCCCCUGCCGUUCAGGCCGCCUACCAACAGCAACUAGUCCAGCAGCAGCAGGAGCAGGCCAUGGCGCAGGCACAGGCCGCCAUGUCCGGGCAGGUCGGGCGCGCGCCGAGCAAGAGACAGCAACAGCCGCAGCAAACGACACCCCCGCAAUCGCAGCACCAGUAUGCGAGGCCGCCCGAGGCCAAUGGCGCCGGUCAGUCACAGAGGCCGCCGCAGCCGCAGGUUGGGGCCGUGCCGCAGUCACGACCUCGUCACCGCCCUCGACAGAGCAACGGCGUGGACGUGGUAGCGGCCCUGAAGAGGAUCUGCUCCGAGGGCGACCCGCGCGAUAUCUACCGCGGCUUCACCAAGAUCGGACAGGGCGCAUCGGGUGGCGUGUACACGGGCCACGAAAGGGGAAACAACCGCCUGGUUGCCAUCAAGCAGAUGAAUCUGGAGCAGCAGCCCAAGAAGGAUCUGAUCAUCAACGAGAUUCUCGUCAUGAAGGACAGCUCACACCCCAACAUCGUCAACUUUAUCGACAGCUAUCUGUGCGGAGGAGAGCUCUGGGUCGUCAUGGAGUUUAUGGAGGGCGGCAGCCUAACGGACGUUGUCACGUUCAACAUCAUGACGGAGGGCCAGAUCGCGUCGGUCUGCCGCGAAACGCUGUUGGGCCUGCAGCAUCUCCACUCCAAGGGGGUUAUCCACCGCGACAUCAAGUCGGACAACAUAUUGCUCUCGAUGGAAGGGAAUAUCAAGCUGACCGACUUCGGCUUCUGUGCCACGAUCAACGAGGCACAAAACAAGCGUACCACCAUGGUUGGCACUCCCUACUGGAUGGCUCCCGAGGUUGUCACCCGAAAGGAGUACGGGCGCAAGGUCGACAUCUGGUCGUUGGGUAUCAUGGCCAUUGAGAUGAUCGAAGGAGAGCCUCCAUACCUGACCGAGUCCCCUCUACGCGCCCUGUGGCUCAUUGCCACCAACGGAACCCCGACCAUCAAGGACGAGAGCAGCCUUUCGGGCGUUUUCAAGGACUUCCUCUACUUUGCCCUCAAGGUGGAUCCCGACAAACGCGCCAGCGCGCACGACCUUCUAAGGCACGAGUUCAUGAGCCUGUGUGUCGAUCUCUCGCACCUGUCCCCCUUGGUCAGGGCUGCGCGAGAAGCGAGGGCACAGGAGAAGGCCCGCAAAGGGCAGUAGCGGACAAUCAUGACUAGAGGUCGUGAGCGUCUGAUAUCUGAAGAUGUGUUUUUCGUUUUGGAUACCUCUUCUCACCUGUACUUCCGCAUGGCUAUUCCCUCCUGGUGAAUACACCGUGUUUUCUGUUUUCACUGUUCCCUCUCCUUGCCUUUCCCUUAUCUUGAGCAUCCCUCGCAGAUAUAACCAAGAACAUAAGCCAAGAAAGAGAAAAAAAAGUGCCAGAUAUAUGAAGGCUCUAAACCAGACCAGCCGCAUCUCGUCUCUAUUUGCGUUUCUUUUAGAGGGAAUUUGUGUGUCGAUGCAAAGUCACCUUGUCAGUCUUUCGUCCGUUGAGUUAUUUGCCAUGUUUCUGCUCUUCUGGUUUCCAUCGGGCAUUGAUGCUAUGGCUUUGGAUGGCGCCGUCAUCACCGUUUGGCCCUUUUCAGACUGUCUUUAAGCAUUGGUAACGCAGUUUCAGUAAGGCAGAAGCAAGCGAGGCAGAUAAAUCACCAAAGGAGCACAUUUCAUUCAUACACUACUCCCUGUGUCAAGCUGGAGCCAGGAGACUGAAACAUGCACCAGAUGGCCCGGCGCUCUCCACAGCACAAAGAAAGCACAUCAACAUCACCAGGCCGGGAUUAGUAGAGAUCAGGUAGGCGAGAAAUUCGAACGAUCACCAAGUGAUACGAACGACGAUUCCAUACUUUCAACACAUGGAGCCUAAAUGAUGCAAACUAUCUUG